AUGCGAGUGGAGAAAUUCCAGCUUGACGAAAACUUUCCAGCCCACAAAUGUUGCGCUCAAAGUGACGAUGGUGUUUCUGAAAGCACAGACAAAUCUUUUACAGCUUGUCUGGCGAAGUGCCAAUUUCUUAUUCGGGUGUGUCUGGAUAAGUAUGAACCCGUGUGGAAUGCUGAAAAGCAACCAGAAUGUGUGCUUGGCAAGAAAACAGUUCCGCUCCCCCUUACUCAGUUAAAGAAACCUCUUGUCAACAUCACUUUCCGAGUUCCGGCACUAUGGCGGGAGAAUUUCUCCCUCAUCCUCGAUGUCAUGCAUGCUGCAGGAGAGGAACAGGUGCUAAUCUUUCGCCUACCCUCUAGUGAAGUUAACUUUACAUCUGAGCACAGCUGGAAGGUGAAAUCUUUCGGCAGUCGUGCUGCACCAAGCUAUGGAAAAUCACCUUCCGAUUUGGUACCCACACAUCGUGGUAUUGGACUCAGUGUCCUUACCACUUUUAACUUCAAAUGUGCACCUGGUUACUUUGGCCAGUUGUGUAAUACUACUUGUGAUCCUGAGGGUAGUCAGGAGAACUGUGAAAAUGAGGUACCACAGUGUCCUGAGGGAUAUGAGGGUGAACACUGCGACAUACCGAUUUGCUCAAGUGGUUGCCGAAAUGGUGAUUGUGUUGAACCAGACACCUGUAAAUGUCAUCAAGGUUGGACCGGGGUAGAUUGCUCGGAGUGUAAAGUGUAUCCCGGUUGUAAACACGGGAAAUGUGCACUGGAUCCGAAAUCAAACAAAACCUUACCAUUCACGUGUGCUUGUGAGGAAGGAUGGGGUGGUAUGCUUUGUGAUAUCGAUUUGCAGUUCUGUAAAAACAACAAAGAUGUUUGCAAGAAUAACGGCAAAUGCGAGAAUGUCCGAAGCCCUAAUGGUCAGCCCUAUCGCUGUGUCUGCCCUCCUGGUUUUCGCGGUGACCACUGUGAGAUGAUGCAGUUUGACUGUGUUGUUCAUGGCUGCAAAAAUGGUGGUCAAUGCACUCAGCAUAUGGAUGGGCAGAGCCGUUGCAUUUGUCCGAAAGGCUACUACGGAAUACUAUGUGAAUUCAAUCAAACAAUUUGUUCAGAGAACCCUUGCCGAGCCCCGAAUUCAGUUUGCCACCCCCUUUCAAGGCCCAAGAAUGGCCGUCAGUUCUACUGCUCCUGUCCUCCAGGCUAUACUGGUGACAACUGUGAGAUAAACAUUGAUGACUGUGCUUCGAAACCUUGCCAACAUGGUGCAUUUUGUGAAGACCUCAUCAGCAGCUAUCGUUGUAUUUGCCCAGUUGGAUUUUUCGGAAUCUGGUGUGAGAAUCGAGUUGUUGAAUGCCCUCCUGGACUUUGUCCUAAGGAUUCUUCUUGCUACCAAGCAAAAGAUGGUUCCUAUAAAUGCUCAUCCACUCUCGCAAGCGCAUUACAGAGACAGAUCAAUCCAACUUCAGGCGAGAACUUGUCUUCUCUGACCUCAGCAGAGCCAAUGACUUCUGACAAGAGGAGCAUUGUUAUGGUUCAUUUUCAGCCAUCUUUCCUUGGCCUAACAAUUGGCAUUCCAGUCGCUAUUGCCCUAUCUGGUGUCGUUCUGGCAGUUGCUGUCUGUCUCUUCAUGGCUGCUUGUCUUUGGCGAAGGGAAAAGAGGCAAUCUCAGAAGAGGUUUUCCUCAUCUCCAAACUUCCCUCCAAAGAUAGAGGAAGACCCCAACGGGUAUGCAUCCGAAACAUCGACAAUCUGGUCUGCGUACGAAUCGCUCAACCCAAUGAACUCUAAAGACUGCACACUAUCAAAACAUUCAAACUACCCUAAAUACAAAGGAGUGAACGCUAAACUAAAGACUAUGGAACAACCGUCAGUCUAUCAUCAACAGCGUUACUGUGAGGUACCCACUAGUCGUGCCUUCUCAACACAAAUUACCUCAAAUCAAAUCUACGAGGCGCCUGGCCGAUAUGAUGAACCUAACGGGCCUGCGUUACCUCCACGACCUACAAAAUACGGGCCAAUAAUUGGCUACCAGCCUACCUUCCUCCGACCAAUUCUCUAUCCAUUCACACAGCACGCAAAUCUUUCUGCCAACUCUAUCUCUGAAGUGGCAAAUACAUCGAGACGGAAAGAUACAAUCCUCUAUGCCAUUCUGAGACCUGGUGAUUUAUCUCAAAGUGUGUAUCAAACACUCCCACUAAAGAGAAGAUCCUCAGUCAGUGAAAACAGAUCCAACGACUCUUCCCAAUUAACCAUUACUGAAGGGAAACACAAAAGAUCAAGUAGCAUGAGUCGAAGGAUACCGUCAACUUCGACACAAAUUUGA